GAGUCUGAGUCGUGACUCAGAGGCCCGCGGGGCGCCCAGCGUGGUAGCGGGACGAGCGGCGUGGGCGCCGUGCCGAGACCCGGACGUUGGAGGGGUGUCACAUCCGGCAAGAGGGGGCGGGCCUCGCGGACCCCGGAAGUGUGGGCGUGGGCUGUGGUUUAACCCGCGGCGGCUGUGGCGGCGGCGGCAGCCCCAGCAGGGAAGGAUGGAGACCCUGAAAGAGAAGACUCUGGAGGAGCUGGAGGAGAUGCAGAAUGACCCGGAGGCCAUUGACCGGCUGGCCCAGGAGUCCCCCGAGGUCCAGGACCUGCAGCUGGAGCGGGAGAUGGCACUGGCCACCAACCGGAGCCUGGCUGAGCAGAACCUGGAGUUCCAAGGUCCCCUAGAGAUCAGCCGCUCUAACCUCUCGGACAAGUACCAGGAGCUCCGGAAGCUCGUGGAGCGGUGCCAGGAGCAGAAGGCAAAGCUGGAGAAAUUUUCUUCAGCACUGCAGCUGGGGACCUUGUUAGACCUCCUGCAAAUCGAAGGCAUGAAGAUUGAAGAAGAGUCUGAGACCAUGGCUGAGAAGUUCCUGGAGGGCGAGGUGCCUUUGGAGACGUUUCUGGAGAACUUUGCCGCCAUGAGGAUGCUGUCGCACCUGCGCCGGGUUCGUGUGGAGAAGCUCCAGGAUGUGAUGAGGAAGCCCAGAGUCUCCCAGGAGCCUGCCGGUGACGCCCCUCCACUCCGCCCGCCACCCCCGCCUCGCCCCGUCCCCCAGGCCAGGCCCCCUGUGGCUGAAGAGCAGCCACCCCCGCCACUGCAGCCAUCAGGGGUGCCUCCCUACCCUUUGCCCUACAGCCUGCCUCCCGGCAUGCCCAUGGGCCCCACCGCCCAGGGCGCGCUCCCUCCGGCCCCCUUCCCGGGGGUGCCUCAACCCUCCUUUUCCUACAGUGGGCCCGUGGGCCCCCCUUACCCGUCAGCCCAGCCGGGACCCAGGGCUGCUGCGGGCUACUCCUGGUCCCCACACAGGAGCACACCGCCCCAGCCUGGCUAUUCUGUGGCCCCCACUGGUGCCUCUGGCCCCGGGUACCCCUUGGCGGGGGGCCGGAACCCGAGUCCUGGUUAUCCUCAACAGCCCCCCUACCUCUCAGCAGGAGGAAAACCUCCCUACCCAACGCAGUCCCAGCUCCCGAGCUUCCCAGGCCCCCACCAGCCCCCCUACCCCCCCGGGCCUGCCCCUCCCUAUGGGUUUCCUCCACCUCAGGGUCCUGCCUGGCCCAGGUAUUAGACACUGCCCUGGCCCUCGGCCCCUCCCUACUUCCACCUGUACCACAACCUUUGGCCCACCCACUGCUGAGAUUCGAGGUUAAAUUAGAAGUGGAGUUGGCACUGCCUGUGCACUUGGCGGACCUGGCCGGGAUGAUGCGGAUCCCCAGAAAGGCACGGGCAGUGUGACAGGCUCGGCCGCAGCAGGCCGUCACGGCACUUAGCAGCCUCCCCGGGGAGGGAGUGCCUCUUUUCAGUCACUGGCUUUAGCUUGUCUCUUGGGAGCCAAGCUGGGAGUUCACCUCUCCACGGGUGUCUGUACGAGUGAGCUGUGCAUCUAUGAACAUCUCCUCGUGCCUAUACUCCCGGACACCUGAACCCAGUGCAGUUAUCUCGGUGACGGGCUGGCCAGUCUCAGGCCCCUGCCCACCCUCCUCCCUGGGAUUUGGCACAUUUGGGCUGGUGCCCACAUUAAGGGAUGCAGCUCUGUGUCUCUCCGGUCCAUUCGAGGAUGGCCUGCCCCAUGUACCAUGGCUAGGGGUGGAUCAGAGGGAGAGAACGGAGUUAGGAAAAACACUUCAUGAUUUAUAAGUCACAUAAAGCCAUAAUCGAACUCUGAUGGGCUGACGUCAGAUAAACUUGUCCUAUGGGCUGAUUUGAAUGACAGCAGCAGAGCCAGCCUGGUGAGAAAACUGGGGAUUAUGCAGGUGGACCCCAGGCCUUGCUUGCACUGGUUGGAAAAUCGGGGAUUGGGGGGAGCUGUCUUGGAUCCUCUGGCCCAGGAGAUUGUCCCAUUGGGACUCACCAAGGAGCGGAGGGCCAGGUCUCCUCCCCGGCCGCCGCCUUUUCUGGUUGACUUUUUCUGUGGCCCACCGUGUCUGUCCGCUCCUGUAGUGCCUUGAAUCUCAUUCGCAGAAGCCCCCUCCCGUCAUCCCCUGCCUCCGGCUCCCGUGACAUAAUUCUCCCUUCAUCCCCAAUGUGCCUCCUAAGACAGACAUCAAAAGACGCCCUAACAGUAACCUCCCAAAUGGUGCUUCUGAAACACCAUCACUCCGUCGGAGUCCAUUCUCUGCAUCUCUCUCGUUUUCAGAAUGUAAAGGGCAAGGAUUGUGACUUCUGCGCCCCACGCAACCCCCAGCACCUUGGGGGUUUAAGCAUAUUCAGUAAUGAAACAUGACAGUAGACCAAAGGGCGUGUAAUGAACAAGCAUUAACUUGGUUGUUCCAGAUGUGAACCAGGUCUCAAGGGCAGACCCUGGAGCUGCUAUCGGUUAGGAAGUCAUAUGUGCCUUGAAAUGUCCACUACACGAGUACCCAGCAUCUGGUGGCCUGGGGUGCUGGGGGCCAAUGAGGAAACUCGACCUUCUGGUGCCUGCCCCCUCCCGGCCUGCGUGCCAUCAGUGGGUGCGUGGACGAGAUGCUCGAUGAGUGCUGUCAGUUCCUUGCCAAUUGUGCUUGCUCUCAUAAGUUAUUUAUAAAGAGAAAUCCCUAAUGGACUCUACUAGUCCGAGGGCUUCGGAACUAGAUGAACGACCGCCGGUGUGUUGUAUAAAUAAUUUCGACCGCCGGUAUGUUGUAAAAAUAAUUGCCAUAAUAAACUUUGAGGAGUUCC